GCCGCAUAAAAUGACACAAAAACGGAAGAAUGUCCACUUAAUCACGAGUACCAAUAUAAAUAUAAAGAGUCACUGACAUCAUUUUGAUACUUAAUAUUUGGAAACGUAUUUGACGGAACAAGAAGAAUGAAGAUAACAAUUGUUUUAGGAAUAGUUCUCCUGGUUUUGGCAUCAGAUUUAGUACUGGGACGACCAGCGGAAAGACAAAAGAGAUGGGGUUUCUUGUCAAGAGCUCGCAAUUUCUUUAAUGAUGUAGGAGAUAAGAUAAGUGACGCCGCCGACGAUGUUGGUGAAUUUGCUGACGGAGUGGCAGACCGAGCCAGAGAAGGCAUUGUCCAUGCAGUUGGUCAUCUAGAGGACUUUGGUGAUAAUGCAGGCGAUAGAUUGGCUGAAGCUGCACAGAAUGCCAGAGAAGGCAUUGUCCAUGCAGUUGGUCAUCUAGAGAACUUUGGUGAUAAGGCAGGCGAUAGAUUGGGUGAAGCUGCACAGAAUGCCAGAGAUGCAAUCAACAACCUAUAGAUGUUAACAAUGUCAAUCCAUAGACAAAUUUCCUGUAUUUUUAACAUUACAUCAGUUUAAUUAAGUCAUUAUUGAGCAUAUGUUACCAGUAAACAAGAGUUAAUAAAUAUAAUACGAUCAGA